CGUGUGUCUUGAAAGUAAUGUUUUCUCAACUUGUACACAGGUUGGAAGAGCUGAACUUGGCCUGGUGUGACUUCACAGUUGAUCACGUGAAGGCAGCAGUCAGCCACAUUUCUCCAACGGUAACACAGCUGAACCUCAGUGGAUACAGGCAGAAUCUACUGAUGCCAGAUAUCAAAACAUUAACUGAGAGGUGUUCCAGUCUAGUCCAUUUAGAUUUAAGUGACAGUGUUAUGUUGAAGCCGGAUUGCUUUCAGUAUUUCCACCAUCUGGCGUCUCUUGAACACCUGGGUCUUAGUCGAUGCUAUCAGAUACCUCCUGCAGCUCUACUUGAACUUGGUGACAUAGCCACACUCAAAACACUCCAGGUUUUUGGAAUAGUGACUGCCAGCUCCCUUCAACUCUUGAAGGCAACACUUCCUCGCUUAAAGAUCAACGUCUCCCAUUUUACACCUAUUGCAAGGCCCACCGUUGGCUGUAAAAGGAACGAACAGAUUUGGGGAAUCCAAUGCCGACUGAGCUUGAAAAGUCCAGUUGGUUUUUAAAAUGGCUUGAAAGACAUUUUUAGCUGCUACCAAGAGCAUCCUUGAAGGGCGGUCGAGUUCAUAGGUUGGGUUUUAAUCUUGUUUUAUUUUGUGACACGCGCUGCAGUCCACAUCUUUCUAAAUGGACUUAAAUCAGUUUGUGUGCAAGUGCUGUCAACCAUACUUCUGCUGAACUGUAUUAAAAACCUGCUAAUUAUGUACAAAUAGUUGACAUUAAGCAACAUGAACCCCAUGCUUUUCGAAACACUAUUGAAAAACAAGCUAAGUGUGAUUUUUAAAUAUUAAAACGCUCAAAAUUUUUA